AUGACGAAUAUAGACAGCUAUGGAGUGAAGACUACAAAGUUUACUAAAGGUAUUGCAAAUCCAACCCGUUACUUAAGGAGAAGUUUUGUGCCUAGGAGUAAGAAGGUUAAUGCUGUGGACACUGAAUCUGAGGAUGAUAAGUUUGAGAGCUCGAUAUUGAAGACCUUAGUGAUAAAGCCCUGUACAACUGUUACCACAGGUGAGAGGUAUGACUUAGGAAAAUGCUUAGAGAUAUUGAAUAUUAACGGGUUUCAGCCGUCCAACCUCAUACCGGGAGAGAUUGUGUCUUUUAAUUAUAGAACAAAUGGUAUUGAUGGCACGAUAAUGAUUUUGGGACAAACAGGAUCAGUGGUAUGUUGGGGUGUUGAUGAAAGAACUGCACUUAUAGAGAUAGUGCCUUUGAUAUCUGAAGCUAUUGUAAAUAAACUGGAGGUUGAAGAAUAUGAAACAGAAGAUAUGGAUUAUAUCGAAAUUGAAUCAGCUGAGGACUUGGAAAAUCUUCGUUCACAUUCUGGCAUUCAAUCUGAGCCGAAGAUAAAUAGUAGGUUGAUUGGAGAUGUAAUCUUGAUCAACUCAAUUGAGAAGUCUGAGGGUAUUUUGGAUAAAGCUGCCUUUUCUAGCGGAUUGUCUAGAAGUACUGCACUGGCAGUACUAGAAAAUGCUAUGGAGAGACACAUAUCAAACACUAGAAUAAUAACAGAGAAGAUUUCUACGGGUAUCAAACUUAAGGUAAAAGAGUCUGAUGCUCUGAAGUCUAUCGGUCGAUUAUUUUUAAUAAGAGGAAGAUUGAAUUUAUAUUCCGAAUUAAUUGAGACACCAGAUUUAUAUUGGAGUGAGCCGGAGCUUGAAAUUAUAUUCAAAGACGUCUCCCGUUAUUUGGAUAUUAGUCCCCGUAUCAAUAUUCUAAACAGCAAGCUUGACUAUUCAACUGAUGAAUGUAGGGCUAUCUUGUCCCUACUUAAUGAGCGUAAUAGCUCUUUCCUAGAGUGGAUAAUAAUAUAUCUGAUCACUUUUGAGGUCAUAUUUGAAUUAUUUCAUUUCUACAAGAGCAAUCAAGAGAGCACGAAACGAGUAGAAGUUGAUUGA